AUGAUAGCAGCAAGAGAUCACUAUAUCGUUUGGAGCGAUACUCCCCAAUAUUGGCAAUGGGUCUCUCUUCCCGAGUCUAGGUUCCCUGAAGUGGCAGAGCUUAUCGACGUGUGCUGGUUCGAAAUACGAGGCAAAAUCAGUACAAAGAUGCUCUCGCCCGGUACGUCCUACGUGGCAUACCUAGUCUUCACCCUCAAAUCGAGCGCUCAUGGCUUUGACCACCCGGCCGAGGCUUUUGUGGAGCUGACUGGUCAAGCAAGUCAAAGGCACAACGUGUUUCUAGAUCCUGACGGGGCCCACAGGGAGAGGCGCCAAAUCGUGCCCCGUAACCUCGGGUCGGCUUAUCGUAGGCUGCCUCGUAUGGUGAGGGAACAGAUGGUGGAGAUUGCAUCUGCCGAGACUGCCGAUACGAAGCGCCCGAAAACGAGGGGUGAUGGGUGGAUGGAGGUCGAGCUGGGAGAGUAUUUUGUCGAGGGAGGAGAAGAUGCUGAUCUGGAGUUUGGCGUGAUGGAGGUGAAGCACGGUAACUGGAAAAAGGGCUUCAUUUUUCAGGGGAUUGAGGUUAGGCCAAAAGGCGUAAAGUAG